AAUAUCUGUAGGAAAGGACAAUGGCAAGUAAGAGUAAGAUAUAUAGAAAUGAAAGUAGUAACUGAACCGGAGUUAGAGCUGCAGCCGGAAGCUUUAGAAACCCCUCUUCCAGUCGGUCCCUAAAUCGUAUAUCCAACUAAUUAAGCCAAACACUUGUCCUUUUUAUAAUAGUAAACCCUAAUAAUUUUAAUAUAUUGAGGCGAUGUGGAAGGAGGCGUUGAAAAAGUAUGUAGGAGUGGGGCUUGUGGGAAUCACAUUAACAGACCGCUAUGCGGGAGUAUGCCCUGUUCGAGGUUCAUCCAUGUCUCCAACGUUUAAUCCUUCUUCCCAAGCAUCAUUCUCAGAUGAUUAUGUUUUCCUGGAGAAGUUUUGUCUCGACAAGUACAGAUUUUCACACGGUGAUGUUGUUUAUUUCAGCAAUCCAACUAAUUUCAAAGAGAGAAACGUUAAAAGGAUAGUGGCGAUGCAAGGUGACUACAUCGCUAACGUGGGUGGCGCAAUAAAGGUCCCUGAGGGACAUUGCUGGGUGGAGGGUGAUAAUUCAGCUUCUAGCUAUGAUUCAAGAUCAUUUGGUCCCAUUCCAUUGGGUUUGAUUCAGGGAAGGGUUACCCAUGUCAUCUGGCCACCACAAAGAAUAAAAAAAGUGGAUAGAAGAAUUCCGCAGGAAGGAGGACUUGCGCUCUGAUCAUCCAUUCAUAUAUCAUAUCAGUAUAUGAGAGGAAAGUCGGCUGUGUAUGGUGCGCACAGACAGACCGAAGGGAGCUUUCUCCAACGGCUACAUGAUGAAAUUUUUUUGUAUCUUCCAGGAGUCGCAAAAGACCUUUAUAAUCUUCAAUACCAGUGUAUAUUGAUGUUAUAACAGAUGUCACAAUUGACACUUCAUCUUCAGAAAAUAAAUAUUUCAGCCCUUUAACUUGUAUAUAAAAAAGUCCAAGCUAAGAUUGAGGUUAAA